AUGGGAGAAAGGUUCUUUAAACAUUUCCAUGUGUUGGUUGCUGUGGUUUUGGUAAUAUUGUGCAUGGAAAUGAAACCAGUUGUUGGAUCAUUCAGUACUUCAAGAGUUGGAGGUGAUGCUAAAGUGAUGUGCAUGGAGACGGAGAGACAAGCUCUCCUUCAGUUUAAAGAAGGGCUCGUCGAUGAUUACGGCAUUCUCUCUUCUUGGGGGAACACACAAGAAGAGAAGAAAGACUGCUGCAAAUGGAGAGGAGUCGGAUGUAGCAACAUUACUGGUCACGUGAUGGUGCUCAAUCUUCAUACCAAAUUUGAUGGCCAGUUUUUGAGAGGUAAGAUUAGUCCUUCAUUGCUUCAAUUGCAACAUUUGAAGCAUUUGGACCUCAGUUACAAUGAUUUCGAAGGGAGCCGCAUCCCUGAAUUCAUUGGUUCGUUUAGCAGAUUACAAUACCUCAAUCUUAGAGACACCGGUUUUCUUGGCACCAUUCCAAAUCAGUUUGGCAAUCUUUCUGAAUUGCGUUAUCUUGAUUUGCGUUUUAAUGAUCUUCUGAGUGGAAAAAGUUUUAACUGGGUUUCCAAUCUUUCUUCAUUAAGAUACCUUGACCUGAGCUACGUUAAUCUUAGCGAAGCAAUAGAUUGGAUGGAAGUGACCAAUAAGCUCCCUCUCCUAACAGAAUUGUACUUAUUUGACUGUGGACUCCACAGCAUCAUUCCUCCCUCGCCUCCAUUGAUAAAUUCUUCUGCGUCGACUCUUGCUGUCGUUAGUCUCUUGGGCAAUUAUCUGACUUCUUCAAUAUACAAUUGGUUAUUCAACUUCAAUACCAGCCUUGCUGAUGUAGACCUUGCUUAUAACAAUUUACAAGGUCCCAUCCCUGAUGCUUUCGGAAACUUGAAUUCCCUUGCCAUUCUUCGACUCUCCUACAAUCAACUUGAAGGCGGGAUUCCGAAAUCCUUGGGGAACUCAAGUAGUAUACGAGCAUUAUAUUUGCAUGGCAGUGAAUUAACCGGACAGAUUUCAGAGUCCGUUCAGAUGUUGUCUGGAGGUGCACAGAAGUCACUAGAGAUUUUAGAUCUUGGUGACAAUCCAUUUGGUGGUCCAUUGCCUGAUAAUAUCUCAACAUUUUCAUCCUUGAGGGAAUUGUAUCUUGAUAAUAAUCAAUUGACUGGCUCUUUACCAGGAAGUUUGGGACAACUUGACACUCUUGUUACGCUAGACUUUUCUGGCAAUCAAAUUACAGGAUCAUUACCAAAUCUCACCGCAUUUUCUUCUUUGAAAGAGUUGCUACUUGCUAAUAAUCAGUUGAAUGGAACACUACCCAUGAGUAUUGGACAAUUUUCCAUGCUCCACCGUCUUGAUGUCUCUUCAAACUCAUUGAAAGGUCCAAUACCAGUAUUUCUUCCCAACGCCACAUUAUUGGAUUUAUCGAGAAAUAAGUUUCGCGGGUCAAUUUCAUUCUUAUGCGUGGCUAUCAAUGACUACAUCAGGUACAUUGACCUCUCAAAUAACCAAUUAUGGGGAAAACUUCCCGACUGUUGGAUGCAUAUGAAAGAAUUAGUCGUUCUUGAUUUGGCCAACAAUAAUUUGUCCGGAAAGAUUCCACAAUCUUUGGGUUUCCUCACUCAAGUUCGGACCUUGCAUCUACGAAAUAAUAAUUUCAUUGGGGAAUUGCCUCCGCCUUUGAAGAACUGCAGAAACUUGAUAAAUUUUGAUGUGGAAGAAAAUAAAUUAUCAGGAAAAAUACCAAAAUGGAUAGGAACACAUCUGACGAGUUUAAUUUUUCUUAGCCUGCGAUUGAAUAACUUCCAUGGACACAUACCUGUAAAUAUAUGCAAUCUAAACUUUAUUCAAAUCUUGGACCUCUCACAUAACAAUUUAUCGGGAAUUAUACCGCGGUGCUUCAAUAACUUUACUGCUUUAGUUUCGCGAAAUAAAUUAAGCGAAGACUUUGCUUAUACUUAUCUAGCUCCAGGUCAAGAUGGUGCACAUUAUACUGCAUAUCUAGAGAAUGCAUUGUUGCUAUGUAAAGGACAAGAGUCUGAAUUCAAAAAUACAUUAGGACUGGUUGGAAGCAUUGAUCUUUCCAGCAACAAUUUAGUUGGGAAAAUACCUGAACAAAUCUCAAGCCUUGCAGAAUUAAUUUCAUUGAACCUAUCGAGAAAUUCUUUAACUGGACAUGUUAUUCAAAAUAUUAGUGAGUUGAAAAUGUUAGAAUCUCUAGACUUAUCUAGAAACCAGCUUUCUGGUGAGAUUCCUACAGGCAUCACUCAUUUAAAUUUUCUUGCUAUCUUGGAUUUGUCGAAUAACAACUUGGCCAGAAAAAUUCCAUCAAGUACUCAACUUCAGAGCUUUGAUGCCUCCGCUUAUGCUGGAAAUCAUGAACUUUGUGGGCUUCCGCUUCCAAAUAAGUGCCCCGCAGAUGAAAUACCUCUUGAUCCUUCUGUUACCAAUCUCGCUCGAGGACGUGAGGAUGGGUUUAUAAACCGAGAAUUUUAUAUCAGCAUGGGACUAGGUUUUGGGGUUGGAUUUGGUGGAGUCUCUGGCACUUUACUACUCAAACGUUCAUGGGAGUAUGUCUUUUUCAAGUUCUUGAACAACAUAGAAGAUAGACUCCAUGUGACAACAAUAGUGAAUAUGGCUAGACUGACGAGGCAUCUUCAAAACUCAUGGGUAAAUAUCUCAUUUGGCUUUUCUGAAUUAGCUGCCCUUUUACUGCAAUUUUGUUUUUGUAUUAGCUAA